AUGGAAGAUCUACAUAAGGGACAACCCCACUGUUCGUGCCGAACAACAACUUGCCGCCAUUGGACUCCGCCUAAGGCGCUGUUAACAAUUUUUUUUCUAUGCUACUCGCUUCCAUCAUCUCUCACCACCACCACCCCACAACAACAACAACACCACUUCAUUAGCUCACACUCCCAGCCUAAAAAAUUUUGGGGCUCGCCUUGCUUCGGCGACCCCUUGUUGCUGCUAUCACCACCUCGUGAUCUCUCCACCUUUGAACAGCGCAGCAGAGGUCGUCGUAAUGGCGGGUUCCAAGGGAAAAGGACCAGCUCUGCUGAGCCUUUUCCCCUUGAGCCCCGCUCGUCAAUCAUGGUUGUGACAUCAAUCCCUGACUCAGUGCCAAAGUUUGGCAGAUGCUGGGUUAGGAGAAGUUAUUGGUGUUGCUUCCCUCUCCUGUGCUGGUGCUCUCUCUCUCAGACCACGUCUAUCCAGCACAGUGAUCCUCGCUUCUAG